GCUAUCUUCGCCCUAAUCCAAAUCCUUUGCUACCAAAGGAGUAGCGAUAUAUAUAAGCAACUCUUAUUUCCUUCAGGCCCCGUUUGCCGAAGACAGAUAGAGCACUAAUAUUAAGCAAGUAUGAGUCUGAUUAAUAGAAUAAGUUCUUUCCUGUUAAUAAUUGCAAUGUUUUUGCUGGUGCUGGGGGAAGCAAUGGCCACUGUGACUGAGACAACCGAUAAAAUUAACUUCGGCUUGGGGCCGAAGGUGUUGGUCGAUAUCUCUAACAAGCUGCCCAAUGGAACGAGCUUCACCUUCCACUGUAAAUCGAAGAACGAUGACCUCGGGACUCACGUGGUUGAGCCCGGGCAGAAGUAUGGGUUCAGAUUCAGGGUUAAUUUCUUCGGCACCACGUUGUUCUUCUGCGGGGCGAAAUGGCAGGGGGGGCAUGUUGUGUUCGACAUCUACAAAGCCAGCAGAGACGAUAUGUACAGGUGCCCUUAUCACUGCAGAUGGGAGGCACGAGGGGAUGCUAUCGUGGGAUAUAUGGAGCACUACCCAAACCCCGACAUUGUUAUUCCCUGGAAUAAGUAAUUUAAGGCCCUAAUGUGACUGUCAGUGAUGAGAAUCCUCCAUGGUGGACAUAUUGCCUAACUGAUCCAAACCGGUGUACUUCUUUUUCAGGAAGGAAAAGAUGUAUUUUCUUCAUGGCUCAGCGAAUAAAU